AUGCACUACCUCGUCAGCGUCUCCGGCGGCUGCUGCGUCGAAACCACCACCACGGGCACCCUCAACACCUACGCGGCAUCCUCCGACUCUCAGAAAUGGCAGGUCUACUUCCGCCACACGGACUUGAACGUCCAAGUCGCUCUGCAGAACGCCAGGGACAGCCAGUGGCUCAGAGCUGCGGCGGGUGGUCCGAACGGGAAGAUCGAGACAGGUGAGCGACAGUGGUGGACGCUGGAGAAGGGGAAGGCGCCGAACUCGUACUGGUUAGUAAAUAAAUAA